GGACGUGCCGCGGACCGCCGCGCCCGGGCGGGACGGCGGCGGCCCCCGCGGAUACACAGGGCAGUGCAACCGCAUCUUCCCUCCCCAGCUCGGCAUGCUACAGAUCAUUCAUGGCAAUGGCACGGCCGUGGGGACGGUGAUAACGUUCCAGUGCUCAGCCGAGCACCAGCUGGAGGGACCGGGCGUCAUCACCUGCAUUUGGAAAGGGAACGGUACCCAGUGGACAGCCGGAGUGCCCUCCUGCAAGCCCGUAUCAAAAUAUGAGACUUUUGGAUUUAAGGUCGCAGUGAUUGCCUCCAUCGUGAGCUGUGCCGUCAUUCUGCUGAUGUCCAUGGCUUUUUUAACUUGUUGUCUUAUCAAGUGUGUGAAGAAAAGUGAAAGGAGGAGGACUCAAAGAGAUAUGCAGCUGUGGUACCAGCUCAGAACCGAAGAACUAGAGCACAUGCAAGCUGCUUACUUUGGUUUUAAGGGAAGAAACAAUAACAACAACAAUAAGAAACUCAGGAAUAAACCUGUAUUUGAUGAUGUGACUAACAUGGCAUAUGAUAACCAAGGCUUCUACAGGUUCCAGGAGGAGUGGACUCGGGACGUCAUAGCUCCUGGGUGUUGCAAAGGCAAUGAUCAUCUGCCUGUGUUAACCAAGAGCAGUAGUGCACCUGUGAGACACGCUGUAACAGGACACAACGCUGCAGUACGGACAGUGAAUUCAAUACAUGUCGUUGAAGUCUAUGGACAUAAAGAUAGUUAUAACAAACCGAGCUGUCAGAUACCUGGAUAGCUGAUGGCUGAAAUACAAUUGCUCCUCUGGACCAAAAUGAAAUUUGCAUAGAAAUACGUGCCUUAAAGACAACAUAGAAAGUUAAUUAUUCAUAUGAAUUUGAAAGUUUUCUAUAUUCCAAGAUGGUUAUUUAACAGAAAUGCUUCAAGGUCUGAUACAAAUAAAAAAAUGGACGUUGAGGCUGGCAGUCCAUAGCCAUUCUCUACGGCGUGCUAUGUAUUGUGACCAUGGCAAAAGCAUAAUAUCCUUCUUCUGUACCUCUAGAGAGAAAUGGUAGCCAGUUUGUAUAGUUGCUUCAUACAGAGUCACUGAUGAUAAUUACACAUGCGUAAGAUUGCAACCUUCUUUUAACCAGUGUUUUUUGUAAGCAUUUCAGAAUGAAA